GUUGAUCGCCCGUACCUCAAUCGUGCCUCUAUUAUGAUCAUAACACCAGACUGACCUCCUUUUGGCCAAUCCGAACUUGACGAGUCUCUCAUAAAUCGAAUUGUGCACGAUCGGCAUGAGGGAAGAAACGAAUCUGCAGCACAGAAUACCGACCAAGAACGCUACCAGGUAGAUUUGUCUAUGUCCGAGCGAGCUGGACCCGAAGAACAAGCUGGAAAAGCCGACCAUGCUUCUGCGAAUGCACCCCAAUCUGGGGUCUCAGAGGCGCCAUCAAAGGAUCUCGAUGCAGCCAUUGGACAGGUGCCAGGAGGAGGACUGGGAAGUGGGAAGACGGAUGCCAUUGAGGAAGAGCAUGUGACAGGAUCGAUGGACAAGAAGCAGGAGGCCACUCACGUCGCUAUGGGAUCCGGUGAGAAUGGAGCGGUUGAGAAGGCGAGCCUAGCAAGGGUGACGACUGGCUCACGAGAAAGACCUGACAUCGAGAGAGAGGCGAGUGAACAUUUGGCGAGGCGAGCAGCGGAAAUGUCGUUGGACGAUUCUCCUCACGACGAAGGUAGAAGCCGAACGACUCGGUCGACACAGGAUAAAGGAGAGCUUCCACAGUCUCCGCCUCCACCAAUGCCACCCAGAAAGAACAGCACAAGGUCCAAAGCCAAGGCUAGCAACGAUGAUUACGACGAGAAACACCCGCCUGCGGACGAGCCUUCUGCAGAAGUCCCCGAGGCGCCGCAAGGAACCACUGAAGCCACAGGUCUUGAGAUUCAGACAAUCAUGGACCAAUUUCAGGAAGGCGCAGGACCCGGCGAGACUGAGAUUAUGUCGCCUCGUCUGGAUCGCCAGCAGCCUGUGCUUGUGCUUCCUCCGCGCUCAUCUAGUCUGGAACCCAAAGAUUCAUACACACUCAGCCCGCAGUCCAUCGAUCAGAGGGCUAUGUCACCGCUCAGUCCACAAGGUACGGGUAACUCGAUAGCGUCCAGCGCACGCAGACUGAAAAGCGACGACACCGAGUCCAUCGCCAGCGUUAAGGCUACUUCUAUAUUUCAGCCACCGCCGCCCGAGCCAGAAGUCGACUCUCCUCUACCUUUCGACUUUCACCGAUUUCUGGAGCAGUUACGACAUAGAACUGCCGACCCCGUCGCACGCUUCCUUCGUUCCUUCCUAACUGAAUUCGGGAAGAAACAGUGGAUGGUCCACGAGCAAGUCAAGAUCAUCUCCGACUUUCUUGAGUUUAUCUCGAAGAAGAUGCAACAUUGCGAAGUCUGGAGGACUGUGUCAGACGCAGAAUUUGACAAUGCGCGAGAAGGCAUGGAGAAGCUUGUGAUGAACCGCCUCUACUCGCAGACGUUCUCGCCAGCCAUCGCGCCAGUGACAGGCAGUUCUCGGAGAGGCGGACGUGGUGUUAGGAGCGCCGCGGACGUUGCUAGCCCACAUGGACCUGGACGACGAGGACAGCAUCAAGAAGAUGUGGAAAGGGACGACGUGAUUGCUCAGAAGAUCAAGAUCUAUGGCUGGAUCUCAGAAGAGCAUCUCGACAUCAAGCCGGUCGGCGACAAGGGGAAGAAGUUCUUGACUUUGGCGCAACAGGAGCUUUUGAAGAUCAAUUCGUAUCGAGCGCCGAGAGACAAGGUCAUCUGCGUUCUGAACUGCUGCAAGGUCUUGUUCGGCUUCCUGCGAAAUGCGAAAGCCGACCAAUCUGCAGAUGCUUUCGUGCCUCUGCUGAUAUACACAGUCCUCAGAGCGCGGCCGGAGCACUUGGUGAGCAAUGUGCAGUACAUCUGGCGUUUUCGCAAUCAGGACAAGCUAGGUGGUGAGUCCGGCUACUACAUGUCAUCACUCAUGGGUGUAGUGUCGUUCAUCGAGAACCUGGACCGCACGAACUUGACCAUUACGGACGAAGAAUUCGAGCGCAACGUCGAGCAAGCGGUCAGCGCGAUCGCGGAGAAGAAUCGUACCGAAGAAUACGAAGACAAGUCCCACACAUCACCACCGACAGGACCCAUGUCGCACUUGAGCGAGAAGAGUGCGCUGAGUAGACCAGAAGUCACGCCGAGGAAUAGUAUGGAUGCUGAACAUUCUAGUCCGAGGCGUAAUGUCAGCCAGAGGCUCAACGAAAAGGCUACGCAGCCCAGUCAAAGCGGCGAAGAAGACAUGAACGCCGUCACGGGUCUUCUUCGCAGUAUACAGAAACCGCUCAGCAGCAUCGGUCGGCUCCUCUCAGAUGACACUGGUGGCUCAAGUCAGCAGCAGCAGGGUAUGAGACCAGCUAGUACGCCAUUACCAGGGUCGACGCCUCGAGGUUUAAGUCCUUCGCCGAGACUUGAUCGAACUCCCAGUGGAAGGGAACGCUCAUCCAACCAAAGGCCGCAAAGUCGGCAGCGACAGCCCAACAACGCCGAGGAUGCUGCUGCACGGCAAGCGAGCGCUGAGCAGGCGCAGGCACAGAACUUGAGACAGCGGGAGCAUCAAGUCGUCGUGGAAACACUGCAAAGCAUGUUUCCCAACCUCGAUCGCGAGGUCAUCGAGGACGUAGUCAGGUCUCAGGAGAGCAACGUCGGCAGGGCUGUAGACGCCUGUCUGGCUAUGAGUGGUUGAUGCAAGGCGAGAGGCUGUAGAACAUCCUCAAUCAAGUCGUCCAUACCAGCGUGGUCUGGGUAUAGUUGUAUAUCCAUAUUCCAGACCCUGUG